AUGGCUGAUCCUUUGAGUAUCGCCGCGUCUGUUGUUGGCCUGGUGGCCGCUGCGGGCAAGGUCUAUGGCGUCCUGUCCAAUUUCGUUUCAACCGCUGCGGAUGCGCCCAGCUCCGCAGCCUCGGUACUUGAGACGGUGGAACAGAUGAAGCUGACGCUGUCGUCGGUGCAGUCGCUCAUCGACUCAAUCGAGAGCCUCGACCCCUCUCGGAAAGCUUUGAUUCAGUUGGACCAUCUUUCGAUCGUCAUAACUCAUUCAGUCUUGACAAUUUCGGAGCUUGAAUCGAUUGUCUGUCCCAAAGAUGGGCUGAUGCACCGCCUUCGAUGGGCAUGGAGUGAGAAGAGAGUCAUGGGUCUCUUGCCGAGACUUGAAUCUCAAAAGAGCUCGCUAUCAUUGAUGGUGGCAGUGUUGCAGAGCAAAUCCGAGUUGGAGGCUCGCACCAGCCAUACCACGCUCCUUUCCAAAGUGGACGAAGUCCUGCAGCAGAAUGAAGCCCUCGCACAUCGCUUACAGCGUCUUGAAGGCAACCUCAUGUCUGAUAGUCGAUCAGUCAAAUUCUUUGAUGAUGCAUCAUCCAUAAUCUCCAAGCGACUGUCUUUCCUGAGCAAGAGACAGUCCAUCACUAUCACGAGUCCCUCCAUCGUUGCGAGGAAUGACUUUGAGCUAGCUCUUGAAAGAUCUAGAGUGUACAACCGAACCCAGUUGAACGAAUCCGACGUUUCGUUCACAUCAUCGACAGCGCCGAAUGCUGCUUGGAGUAUGCUUUCGGGUUUAAGUUUGAACGACAUAUCCAUCGUGUCGGCUUUCCGUCUUCCAAUCACUCUAGAUGACAUUGACCUCCUGGCGCCUGGGUCAACUUUCUCCAUGUUGCUUACUGAGCAGCUAACUGCUACCACGACAACUUAUACACUUGUGGAGCCGUCGCCUGGAAGAGAAGAUGCCCCAACACCAACCCAAGCAAGACCGAGGCCGACAAGGAGGCCGACUGGUGAGCGUAGCAGAGGCUCAACACGACUAGUUGCCUCCGCCUUGAGGGGGUACCAUGCCAAAAGAGCUAUUAAAAUCGUGGUCGUCGGCGAUGAUAAUUCUAUGAAGAAUACAAUACUUCAGACCUAUGCGUAUCCGAGAGGUGCCACCUCGCGCGAGUAUACGCCAAAGACGUUUGAGAAUUUUGUUGUAGAAGUCAAAGUCAAUAGCCAUUUGACACGUCUGGCACUCUAUGAUACGACCGGCCAAGAGAAGUACACGCGGCUUCGAGUUUUAAGCUACCAAUCAACUAGCAUAUUUCUUGUCCUUUCACGGAAGACGACGUCGAGCGCUGAACUGGAAGAGGUCGAGUACAAAUGGAUCCCCGAGAUUAUUCAGCACUGUCCUGGAACUCCUUACCUCAUCGUGGGGACAUACAAGAACAAGCCUGGAGUGGAAGCCUUGCCUGAUAACUCAAUUGAAGGCGGUCGGGUUGCCGAAAGAGCUGGGGCCAUCGGCUAUACUGAAUGUGAUGUGGAAGAUCCGACAAGUGUCAGUGCGACAUUUGGCCAGGCCAUCGCAAAAGCACUAGGACUUGAUAAACCCUCAGGCAGACUAAGGGACUCACUACGACGACGGUCCUUGAAGCCGUUGAUUGAAACCGAACAGUUUGAUGUGGAGUGA